GGGGCCGAGUCUGUUCUUGUUUCAGCUGCCGGUCGUGGCUGCUUUAGAGAGCAAGAGGCCGGUUGCGAGGAAAGACUUUCUGGCGGCGGGCAUGCAAAAUGAAGUUCCUUAAAAAUGUGGAUUUUGUGGCACAGACUAAUACUCCGCAAGAAACUCUGACUUUGUUAUCACUGCUGAAGGAAUACCUCAUAUGUGGGCCUAAAAAUGCAGACUGUCCGAAAGAAGCUUCCAUGCAAACAUCAGCAUGUGAUCGGAUCCUUCGGGCUUGCAUCUACAGGUUUGGAGAAGGCUUGGACUGCCCAGGUCAUUUAAAAAGCCUCCAGGCCCUAGCUGACAUGGCUUAUCAUGGCUAUGUAUCUGCAAGACGUCAAUAUGUUCCUCUCUAUUUGGAAAGGCUACUUUACCACUUGCUACGGGGAGCGGCUGCUAAUGGUCCAUCUGAUAUUUGCCUGAGGUUUGCUGACCUUCUCUAUGCUGAUCUGUUGAAACACCAGCCUCCCCAAGUGCCUGUUGAUGACUAUGCCUCUAUUGCCAAAAGUACAUUUAGUGUGCUGUGGAAGACCACAGACACUGUGGCCAAAAUGGAAAAAAUGCCUGUUGAAUUUAAGCUUGCACUCUCCACCCAGCUACAAGCAGUGCGGUUUUUAAUGCUCUUGGAGCAUAACUCCCCUACCGUUUUGCUCCAGGAACCUCCAUUCUUUACCUCCAUGGUGGCCCGGCAUGCUUCUGCUGCCGCUGUUUCUUUUGAGGCCUGGUGCAGCCCUCUGAAGAAGGAAGAAGCCUGUUUUCUCAAUGAGCAGCUUUUCCAUCACUUGGUGGCAGCCAUUUUGGAAAAGAAUGGUGUAAAUGAACCUUUGCCCUUCCAGGACUGCCUCUGUAUCUUUGAGCUUAUGGUGGUAAGAGUACGUUACCUCUGCAAAACUGGCUGUUUCAGACAGAGUAAAGAAGUUAUUCAGCAGUCUAAAGUCUUCUUGAGAAAAUCCAACGAGUCCCAUUGCUUAAGACUCACUUUAGACAUUCUCUUUGCUGGUGUUGAACUGAAUAAAGCACUGUUAGUUCCCGAAAGUCCUGUAGGUCCCUUUUUUAAGCAAGCCACAGAAGCUCUGAACUAUUCUGUGGGUGCUCAAGAACCUCUCCUUAAAGUGUUGGCUGAAAGUGGCCAGUUGCUUGUAACUCCUUUAUAUGAGCGUGCAAAAAAAGAUAAACAGGUGACUUUUGAGUUGGAUGAUAUCCUGAGGAUUUCUACAUUCAUGGAAAGUUAUUUCAGGCUGCUGUGCAAGCUGCUAGAUAUGGUUCCAAGAGAUAAUGUGAACCAGCAACAAGUUCUGGUGAAGCUAUUAUAUCAUUACUUCCAAUUAUACACAACUGUGGUGUAUGAUUCUUUUCAGACGCUUCCGGGAUUGGAUUUUUGUGGACUGCCACAGUUAUUAGCAUCUUUUCAAAAGAUUGUUACCCGAAUGCUAGAAAUGCUGGAAGGACUUCCUAAAACAGAACAGGACGAAUAUCUGGAUCUCUCAGCAUAUUGUGUAUCCCGACUGGCCUAUAGAUUCUAUUCUCAUAAGAUGUAUGCAGAAUCUAAGUCCACAAUGGGGCAAUUCUGCGGAUGGCUUGUCAAAAAGGCUAAAUGUACGGACUUGCCCACAGAAAAGCUAAACAACUGCUUUAAGCUGCAAGUAGAAAACUACAGGAAGCUGGGUCUGCUAGAAGAGGGUCUCCAAACUGUAGUCCUCUGGUUGGCUUCUCAUCACAGCCAGAUCACAGAACAGAUGGGGGAGCCUGUUUGCUCCUGGGUCAAAGUCAAGAUGGACGCCAAUAAAAAUGGAGCUGAUAAUUUGAGAUUGAAAACUCUGAAGGAAGGUCUUGAAGAGUAUCACUUAGAAGACGAGAUCCUUGUGAAAGUGCUGUUGGAGGAACUGAAGGCAUACAAAGCUGUGCGAGUUGACACUGGCCAAGAGCGCUUCAAUGUGAUCUGUGACCUCCUAGAUAUAUGUUCAGAAGGCAGCCGAUGGGUCCAUGAAAGAGCUUUUAUCCUGGUAGAAUUGGCACAGGUGCUGUGCUAUCAUGAUUAUAGUGAGCAGACAGAAUGUUCUGCUCUGGACUCUAUAAAUGAAGCCCUGAGGUUGUUAGAAUAUGUGCCAAAGACUCCACAGAAUGAUGAACAGCUUCAGGAUGAUAAGGCCCAGGCUUUACUUUGGCUUUAUAUCUGCACAGUUGAGGACAAAAUGCAUGAGAGUAUCAAGCAAGAGCAGAGAACCAGAAAUACUCAGGGACAAAAAGACGUGGAAGUUCUUCAGAACUUUGAAACCAAUGAUCUCACUUAUGAGGAUAAAUCCCACGAUGACAAGUUCCUGUAUCUUGGCAUUGCAUUUAAUCUAUCUGCAGAUUCUGUGCAAUCCAGAUGUUUGGACGAUGCCCUUGCCUUAUGGAAACAGCUCCUAUCAAAAGGCAGGAUCCCAGCUGUGCGGAGCAUUGAGCAGACAGCAGCAUCCCUGCAUAUCAUGGCAGCUUUAUACAGAAUGAUGGGAAAGCCGUUAGAGGCUAUAGAGAGCUUCUUCCUCAUAACAGCUCUUUCUGAUGCACUUAAAGAUUUUGUUGGGAAAACCAGUGCCUUGUGCCAAAUAGUUAAGCUCCUGCUCCAACUGGAGUGCCCCAGUUAUGCUGAGACACUCUUAAAGGAAGCUGAACUAUGCCUGAAAAACGUGGAUGGAAAUAAUAGCUCCUACUCGCUGAUGAAUCAAACACUGGCUGUGCUCCAUAGCAAGCUGCAUUUAGCAAACUGCAAGAUUGAAGAAGGCCUCAGUCUGUUGGUAGAAAUCCUUCAAAAUCCAGCUUUGCAAAGAUCUUCUAAGGUCUGGUAUCUGCUGCGAGCCAGUGCUCUCCAGCUAACUGCUGCUUAUCUUAUCCUACCUUCUUCCACUCUCCCACUGACACUCAGGCAGAAGCUCUCUGUUCAAGGAUGGAAGACGCCUGAAAUGGCUCUAAGUGAUGCACACAGGCUGUACCGUAGCAUCCUCUUGAACUUUUCGCUCAUUACCAGCGACGCAUCAACAAAAGAGUCUCUUGAGCAUCCAUUUAUAGACCAUGGUGAUAACCUGGUGCAGAAAUGGCAGGUGCUGGCAGAUAUGUUUGUUUGUUCAGAGCGUUUUGUGUCUCUCCUUAGCAAGAUUGAGACAGUAAGUGAAGCCAAAGCUUUUUGCCUGGAAACGCUCAAAAUUUCCAUGAAGGUGCAAUCCAUUCGAUGGUGUGCUCACUUUCUGGUUCUGAAGAGCAAGCUGGAACUUCAGCGCAACAAUCCGGAUCUGUGUGGCUCAGAUCUUGAGCAGGUCCUCUUUCUUCUUGAAUCGGGCACAGUGUUUGAAACCAAAGGAGAAAAGGGGGAGGUGCGAAUCAAGCCCAAGAAAGGAGGCCCUAAGGGCAAGAAGCCUGAAAGCCUACACUUGAAGUCUACUGAGGAAGACCAGUCUUUCCUGAAAGAAGCCUGCCUUGAAUUCAUUGAUACCGUCCCUGUGCAGAAGACUCUAACUACUUCACCCGUACUGAGGCCAAAGCUGAAGAAACAGCUCAGCUUCUUGAACCACCCGGAUAAGUGCUGCUGUUUGCUAUGUUCUGAUGUGAUCCUCUCCACCAUCUGUCUCCAUUGGCUGAUCAUCUCUGUGGAUGGAGAGCUGACAUUUGGGAACGGAGGGGAAGGAUUGCAUCUCCUUCAGGCCAUUCUGCAACGGUGCACCACUGUGGCUCAGCGCAUCGCCCAGGUGGUAGCAUUUGUAUGUCCGCAGGAAGGGAAGAAAGUUGUUGCUCCAUGUCAGUCCACCAUUGGGCUUCUUGAUGGCCUAAUGGCCCACAUCUAUGUCCUUUUGACAAAGCAAAGCAUGAACAGCAGUAGACCAGGAAAGAAAUUCUGGCAGUUUCUGGAGAAGGGUUUGACCUUCCUUUCCUCCAAGGGGCCUCAACUGCUUGAACUUGAAUACUGCAGGACCCAGCUCCUACUUGCCAGAGCUGUGGCUGCAAUUUCUGUUCUCAACUCCAGACAAGGCAGUUAUGCAGAAAAUAUACUGUCCAAUACUUGGUCCUGGAAGUCCCCAUUGCCUCUUACUGGAGACCAAGAAAUCAAGCUGGGAACAACAACAGAAGAGACUUUCAAUACAGUUUAUGCAACGUCUCUGAAAAGCAGAACAAAGAAGCAGCCAGUACCUGUCUCAAAAUCGAAGCCUAAAAGACUCCGAGGGGCCAAAACUCGGCCUGUGAUCAAGCUAAAUGACCCCUUUGCCCUGGCUGACUCUGAUUCAGACACUCCUUCCAUUGUUCUUAAGCCCCCUACCGAAUCCUUCGGUACCCCCGCCCAAAAAUCCCUUCCAGUCUCCAAGAAAAACCUGUCCUUAAGUGCCAGGUCCAUCAUUGCCCACAAGGCUCCAUUUGUGGUGUUUGAGGAAUCCUCUCCAAAACUGAAGGCUGAACUUCCAAAGGCUCCCAAAGUAACCAGGAGAAUGAAAUCCCGAAUUAAGAUUCUCUUCAGUGAUGACAGUGAUGCGGAAGGCCAUCCAGAAGUAGGACCAGAAUCCCAGCUCCAUGUUGAGACUGAACCAACUGCUGCUACUCGCAGGAUGGGACGGAGGGUAGCAUCGAACAGAAAACCAGCGAAGGCAAGCUUUGCUAAAACGGAGAGGUGCAGUGCUGGCUCUUCACAGGAACAUUCCAAAAUGGCAAACCCCCAGGUUGGGAGGCCGAGACGAGGCCCGAGACGAGGAAAGCAAGAAGACAUCCAGAAAGGUUCCAAGGAGAGAAUUCUUCAGGAAGAUCAAGGAGGAGAAGAAGAGAAAGACAUUCUAAAGGCAAACAAGGAGAGUUCAGAAGACAACAUUGAAGUCUUGCGAGGUUCUGAUGAGGAGAAAGCUAUUAAUGAAACUCGACAACAACCAAGCACAGAAGAUCAGGAGGUCCUCCGGAGAGAUUUUAGCACUAUCUUACAGGGAGGGUUUUCAGCCACAGAGAAGAAGGCUUUGGAAGAUCCCUUCAACUUGCAUGUACUUGCCUCCUCACUAGAUGCACCUGCAGACAUUUUGUCCAUGGACUCGGUCUAUGACUCCCUGCAAGCUGCUUUUCAGUCGAUUGCCCAUUAUCCACUGGGUGCCCUCUACAACCAGCUCUGUCAACUCAUGGCGCUGUGUAUUGGGAACCGGGACCCCAUUGCCACCGCCUAUCUGGUUUCUGAGUCAGUCUCUAUCACUCUUCGUCAUCAGAAGAUGACCAUGAUUCAUAAGAAAGUCAACAAAAUGAAAAAGACAUCAGUGGCCGGUGUUUCCAAGCAACUGGAGGCACUUACCCUGCAAGAAGGAAAAGCGGAUUCUCAGCUUCAGCAGCUCUUAGAACUUCAGAACGUCUUUGAGUUCAGCUGCCCCACGUCAACAGGGUUGGAAACUAAGAAAUUCAGGGAAAGCCUGCAGGAAAUACCCCCUGGAAUCACAGUAUGCAUAAUGACACUGGUGAGCACCCAAUCACAGACCACUGAGGACAUCCUCUUAUUGACAAGAUUAGAGAAGGAUGCUACCCCUGUGAACAUCCAGAUACAGACUCUGCAUGCCAAGGUCUCCUUAAGUGCAGCUCUAAGUGAAUUCGAAGCCAUCCUGCAGAAACAAAAAGAGAUCUCAAAUUUCACACUGAAAGAGGAUUGGUGGACUGGUCGGAUAGCAUUGGACAAAAGAAUGAUGGCGUUGAUGGAUUCUCUGGAGACACAUGUGCUAAGCUGCUGGAAGGUUGCACUACUACCAGCCUCUGAGAAUGACAGCUUGGUGGAAGAAGCCACCCAUCUCCUAACAAAUCUCAGAGAAUGUGGUUGUGAAAAGGUUGAUCUAGCUUUGCUUAAGGUCAUACUGGCUGGAUCCCAUCUGUUAACUCCACAACUUGUAGAGCACUUGGUACGGGGCCUUCACCCAGCUCAACCUGAGAGAGCCCUGAGGCUUCUACAGGAGACAGUGGACAAACUGAAAUCAUACACUGGCCAGGCACCAAGUGGCCACCUGGUGCUUGUGCUGGAUAAACAUCUCCAGAAGCUUCCUUGGGAAAACAUACCAUGCUUAAGAAGCCAGUCAAUAACCCGGUUACCAUCUCUACACUUUCUGCUUAGCUACUCACUUAUGAAAAAGGAAGAGACUAUCCUUCACCACGGAGUCAAUAGCAGCAGCACCUUCUAUGUUCUGAACCCACACAAAAAUCUUCCUGGCACAGAGAAGAUGUUCAAAGAAUGGUUUCAAGGUAAACCUGGAUGGACAGGAGUGGUGGGAGAAGUUCCCAGUACAGACCAAGUACCACAGGCCCUCGAAGAAUGUGACCUCUACAUCUAUGCUGGUCAUGGGGCAGGCACACGCUUUGUGGAUUCCAUCUUAAAGAUUGAUUGCAGAGCUGUGGCUUUUCUUUUUGGCUGCAGCAGUGCUGCUCUAGCUGUACAGGGCAACCUGGAGGGAACUGGUGCUAUCCUCAAGUUCAUCAUGGCAGGAUGUCCCCUGGUGCUGGGUAAUCUCUGGGAUGUAACAGAUCGAGAUAUUGACCGCUAUAUGCAGGCACUUCUGAACAACUGGCUCAAGGCAGGUUCUGGAACACCUUUGCUACAGUACAUCAUUGAAUCCCGCCAGGCUCCCAAGCUCAGAUACAUGAUUGGCGCUGCUCCAGUUGCAUAUGGCUUACCAGUGUUCCUGAAAUAGAAAACUCAACAAAACAUGAGAUCUAACUUAUGUUGGGGAGGGGGGGAGUGAAGGGGGUUGAAUGAAUUUAUUAUUACAUUUUGAACUGCCUUAAGUAUAAAUUGUGCUUAACUGUGUUUUAAGAGAAAAUAUAAACAUUUAACUUAUGCUAGUAUAUUUGGUCAAGUCUACCUUGCCUUUUUACUGUAGCAGGCUUGCAUAAGGUCUUAUAAGAAUCUAUGCAAUCUGCUACCUUUUGAAAUAUGCAUCACAUUUGUAAAGAGUAAAUGUUCAAAAAUUAUUGUAAGUUAUUCUUAAAUCUAUUUGUAUUUUAAUGUUUUAAAAUCUCAA